GUAUCGCUUCCACAGCGCAGACGCGUCGCGGUGAUUGCAGCGCGCUGCGUUUCCGCGUUAGCAGCAGGGGGGAACGGAACACAGCGAGAUUGGCCGAAUCUAACUGGAUUACGCAGCCCGUGUUGCGAUUAAAAUGAAAAAGAAGUGAGAAGUGAAAGCCGUGUUAAGGAAAUGAGCGUGGAAUCAUCAUGUCAUUCGCUCGGUCACGAGACGGGCUCACAACUCUGACAUCAGGACGAGUACAGCACCAGUGCGCUUGUGUGGCUGUCUCCGCCGCCGUCUGUUUAUCCUCGCUCUGUUGAUGCACGUUUUGCAUUCAUUUCGCAUUCGCUGGAGGCAAUAUGAAGAAGUUUAAUAUCAGGAAGGUGCUGGACGGCUUGACUGCGGCGUCUUCCUCCUCCUCAUCCUCCAAUGCCGCGUCGGGAAACAGGGAGAAUGACAUGAUUCAGGAGACCCUGCAGUCAGAGCAUUUCCAGCUCUGCAAGACAGUGCGACAUGGCUUUCCCUAUCAACCCUCCUCCAUGGCUUUUGACCCUGUGCAGAAAAUUCUGGCUAUUGGCACACAGAGUGGAGCCCUGAGACUAUUUGGUCAAGCAGGAGUGGAGUGUUACUGCCAGCAUGAGAGCGGAUCGGCUGUCAUCCAGCUGGAGUUUCUUGUCAAUGAAGGGGCGCUGGUUAGUGCUUUGGCAGAUGACAGUAUUCAUUUGUGGAAUCUGAGGCAAAAACUUCCAGCCAUCCUUCAUUCUCUUAAAUUUAAUCGGGAGAGGAUCACGUUUUGCCAUUUGCCCUUUCAGAGUAAAUGGCUGUACGUGGGCACGGAAAGAGGGAACAUUCACAUCGUCAAUGUGGAGUCCUUCACCCUCUCAGGCUAUGUGAUCAUGUGGAACAAAGCCAUUGAACUUUCCUCAAAGACUCACCCUGGACCUGUUGUUCAUAUCAGCGAUAACCCUAUGGACGAAGGGAAACUUUUAAUUGGUUUUGAGUGUGGCAUAGUUGUGCUGUGGGACUUGAAAUCAAAGAAAGCUGACUAUCGGUACAGCUAUGAUGAGGCGAUCCACUCUGUGGCUUGGCAUCACGAGGGAAAACAGUUUGUGUGCAGUCACUCGGAUGGCACACUUACCACAUGGAAUAUACGCGCUCCUGCCAAGCCUGCCCAGAUCAUUACGCCACAUGGUAAACAACCUAAGGAUGGAAAGAAGCCGGAGCCUUGCAAACCCAUCCUGAAAGUGGAGUACAAAACUACCAGGGCUGGGGACCCAUUCAUGAUACUGUGUGGAGGUUUGUCAUAUGAUACAGUGGGUAGACGAGCCUGUCUGACUGUGAUGCAUGGGAAAAGCACUGCAGUGCUGGAGAUGGACUACCCCAUAGUGGAUUUCCUUACGCUGUGUGAAACCCCAUAUCCAAAUGAUUUCCAGGAGCCUUAUGCGGUUGUUGUCCUGCUGGAGAAGGAUUUGGUUCUCAUUGAUCUUGCACAAAUUGGGUAUCCGAUCUUUGAGAAUCCUUAUCCUCUCUCCAUCCACGAGUCUCCGGUGACCUGCUGCGAAUAUUUUGCGGACUGUCCAGCUGAAGUCAUUCCUGCACUCUACUCAGUGGGCUCCCGACAGAAGAGACAAGGGUUCAGUAAGAAGGAAUGGCCGAUAAAUGGAGGUAAUUGGGGCCAGGGAACACUAAGUUUCUCAGAGAUAAUCAUCACUGGGCAUGCUGAUGGAUCGAUCAAGUUUUGGGAUGCCUCAGCAUUAAUGCUGCAGGUUUUGUAUAAGCUGAAAACAGCGAAGGUGUUUGAGAAGCCCCGCAGUAAAGAGGAGAAAUCCAGCACUGAAAUUGUGGAUGAAGAUCCGUUCGCCAUCCAGAUUCUGUCCUGGUGUCCAGAGAGCCGUGUGCUCUGUGUGGCUGGAGUAUCGGCUCAUGUCAUAGUGUACAGGUUCAGCAAACAGGAAGUCACCACUGAAGUGGUUCAGCUCCUGGAGGUGCGUAUGCCUUGUGAGCUGAAUGAAGUAGAGUCUCCUGAGUGCGGAGGCGAGCAGGCGUCAGCUGUGACCACCCCAGGAACCUCAUCCAGCCCUCAGACCAGCCUUCCUCAGUCCCACCCCUCCACCAGCAGCAACAACUCAUCUGACGGCCUGCGAGAUAACGUGCCCUGUCUCAAGGUCAGGAGUUCUCCUCUCAAACAGUCUGCGGGGUACCAGGUGGAGCUGCUCAUUCAGCUGGUGUGGGUCAGUGGGGAGCCGCCACAACAGAUCACUAGCCUGGCCGUCAACUCUGCAUAUGGCCUAGUUGCUUUUGGCAGUGGUGACGGACUUGCAGUGGUUGAUUACCUUCAGAAAACUCUCAUUGUGAACGUGAGCACCGCUGAGUUGUAUGGCUCAACAGAUCCUCACCACAGACAACCACACUCACCCCGCAAAACCAGACAGCCCUCGGCAGGUCUUUGUGAUGGUAAUGAUGCGUCAGCAGCUCCAGAGGAGAAAUGCAAAUCACCAACUACAGGCUCCGGUUCACCAUGCAAUUCUGAUGAAGACAGCAAACAAAAGUUCAUUGACAAGGUGAAGUCCAAAAGCAGGAGGAUAUCCAAGACUGUUGCCAAUGACUUUGCUAAGAUAUCCCGGAAAAUUAACAUGAUUGCUGAUCAGAAAGAUGACGCCAGGGACAACUCUUUCAGCCGCUCACGCAGCUCCAGUGUGACCAGCAUCGACAGAGAGUCACGUGAGGUCAUUUCCUCCUUCAAUUUUUGUGAUUGGCUGUCUAAGAAGAGUGAGAGUGUGGCCGUGCCCAGCCUGUGGGUUGGCACCUCAUUGGGCAGCAUGCUGGCCAUCGCCCUAACUGUGCCCUCCACACCAGAGCAGAGGAUGCUACAGCCUGUGGGCGUCUCUUUCUGUGGUCCAGUAGUGCGCUUGAAGGGAGGCAUUUUGCGCAUGGCCCAGCUGGAUGCCAGUGGGACACUUCUGCCCCAUGUUUAUGAGUCUUGGUAUGAGCCCAACGCUCCUGAGGAGGAGAGAGAACAGCCACGGAGACGCCGGCCCACCUCACCUUCUUCAUCUCAGGAGAACCCGGACUGUCAGUAUGCCGUGGUCUGCUCAGAGAAACAGGCUAAGGUGCUGGCGCUGCCCUCCCAAAACUGUGUCUAUGAACACAACAUCACAGAGUCCUCCUUCGUACUUCGAGCCGACGUGGUGACAUUGACCUCAGGGGUCGGCAUCGCCUGUUUCUGUGCCAAUGGCCACAUUAUGACCCUCAGUUUACCCAGUCUGCGUCCACUGCUAGAUGUUAACUACCUUCCCCUGACGGACAUGAGGAUAGCCAGAACCUUCUGUUUCUCAAACCAAGGCCAAGCCCUGUACCUCACAUCGCCCACUGAGAUCCAAAGAAUUACCUAUAUCCAGGAAACCUGUGAUAACCUGCAGGAGAUGCUUGGAGAGCUGUUUACUCCGGUGGAGACACCAGAGGCUCCGAACCGAGGCUUCUUCAAGGGCUUAUUUGGAGGCGGGGCUCAGUCUUUAGACAGAGAGGACCUGUUCGGAGAGGUGUCUGCUGGUAAAGCUUCACGCAGCCUGGCGCAGCACAUCCCGGGUCCAGGUGGUAUGGAGGGCAUGAAGGGGGCUGCGUCUGGUGUGGUGGGAGAACUGGCACGGGCGAGGAUAGCUCUGGACGAGAGAGGACAGAAACUAGGCGAGCUGGAGGAGAGGACAGCAGCCAUGAUGGCCAGCGGAGAAUCCUUCUCUAAACACGCGCAUGAUAUAAUGCUGAAAUACAAGGACAAGAAAUGGUACCAGCUCUGAGGUCAGCGCACCUUCCUAUGAAGACAGCAGAUCCAUCAUCUCUCCUCCGUCUCCUUUCUCUUCCUGUAUCUUUCUCUUUCUGUGAUGUCCAGAUACCGCACAACACCACGAGGCAUUACCUCGAGCUGCGGAGAGACAGAGGAGACAGGAGGGGAAGGAACAGGACAGGUGAAACACAUCAGGAUGGGGUUUCCUUCCCUUCUUGGUGGUAGUUGAGUUUCCUCUCCUGAUCUUGUCUUGGGAGAGGAGGCCCUUCACCGGUGCUGCCCCGUCUUAUACCUUCAUCUGCCACGUUGUCAUUUUCACUGCCAUUCUGUCUGCAAAGAAACCAGAGAAAGGACAUUUUGGGAAAUGAAUGAAAUGGGUCAGAAGGACAUAGAGCUGACAAAAGAAAGUCUAACGUGCAGCAUUGCCAAGCUUAAUGCUUUUGAUAAUCUGUCACUAGAGCAAGAAAAGAUUGCAUGUCUAGUGAUAUAAUUUAGUAAAUUAGUGCUUUUAUUUGUAGGGAUGAAUCUCAUCUAAGUAAUAUUUCACCCCCAAAUCAAUAUUUUGCAAAAAGAAAUCUUAUUUUUUAGGAGGCAGGUGUGUUCUUUAAGCAAAAAUAUCACAUACUUUUUUUUUAGGUUGAAGCAUAAAUAGAUGUCAUGAGAUUCACUCAGUAAUCAUGUUAGCUAUGGAAAAGGCCAGAUUGUCUUACAUAAGGUGUAAUGAAGUACCAUUUAGUUUCACCUCUAAAGGGCUGGUAGUUGCUGUAUUUACCACAUAUCAUGUCAUUAUUUUGCCAUAUAAAAAAAAUUGGAGACAGGCCUGGGUUGUGAAGCUGAUCUGAUCAUGCAUAAUUUUGUUGUUUCGUCUAAAGGACGUAUUAGUUUACAUGAUCAGGUCUCAAAAGAGCUUUUACGGAGGAUCUCUGACUUUGACGUACUCUAUACGCUGUGUCGACACUGGAGAAAGAUGUUCCUUUUAAAUAAAUAAAUAUAUAUAAUAUUUGUGUUGGUGAAUCUCACAAAUAAAAAAUGUCUAGCUCAUAUUUAACACCAGUAUCAAAAUAAUUUAUUUAAAUUGAAAUAGUACAAAUACCACCAUGAUAUAUGAGUAUUUAUCGAUUUAAACGCACACACAUUAACUUUUUGGUAAAUUUAAGAAAUAAUGAUCCCUUUUUUUGUUGCGUUACAUAAUAAAAAUGUGCCUAAUUAAUUACAGUGCAAAAAAAUCGCUUUCAGUUUCUGUAAACAAAUUACACUUCUAAUUUGUCAGAUUUUGGGGGUGAAAUAUGACCCAGACAUGCAUUUAAAAGGUUUCACCCGGGUGCAUAUAUGCGGAGUUGUGCUGGUUAUCUACAAACAGAGAUCUGGAGGGCAUAAAUUAUCUUUGGCUAUUUUGGGCAGGUUAUUAUAAUGGCGCGCAAGUGUGAGGCAUGAUCUUGAUUAUGUGCCUUGUGAUGAUUGACAUGUCUCCGGAUACGAGGGACACCGGUGGAAUGUGCCGAGAGUACUGAUACUUCAUAUGCAAAACAGGUUUCUCCUCCUUAUUUCCCAUAAUGCAACUGCUCCUGGACAAGAACAUCUUGAGGCUUAUUCGAGACUCGGUGCAGCACCAGGUGACUUCCUCAUCUGUAUUUUCUAAGAAGCCUUUUCGGAUGGAGUAAUGCAUGAGUUUGUCAUCCUCACAGAGAGGUGAUUAUAUCUGUUUGUGUGUUUGUUGCUGCAGUGGAGGCCACCACUAAAUGUUCAAUGCAGCUCCAUGCUCUCGAUCAGCAGCCCUCAGAUUUGUCAUCCAGAGGGCGUUACCUUCUGCCUUCGCUUUAGGACCCAUGAAUAUAUGCUAACCUCGACUCUUGUGUGUGUAUACAUGUGUUCGUGAACAUACAUGUAUGCGAGAAUAUGUGUAUGCUCACGUUUAUAUAAACUAAAGAUACAAUAUAUUUGAAAGCUUAUGUUGAGAUGUUUUCUUUAAGUGUGUUUUCUUAUUUAUGAGGUUCAAGAAAUUGCUGCUAUUUGUGUUUAAAAUUAGGAGCAUCUGUCAAAUAUGUUGACGCUUGUUAUUUUUCUAUCAGACGUAUGAAAGAAUCAGUUCUCCCAGAAAUGAAGAUUUGCUGAAAGCGUACUCCUCCUCAGGCCAUCCAAGAUGUAGAUGAGUUUGUUUCAUCAUGGGGGGACAGAUUUGGAGAAAUGUAGCAUUGCAUCACCAAUGUAUCUCUGCAGUGAAUGGGUGCCGUCAGAAUGAGAGUCCAAACAGCUGAUAAAAACAUCACAAUAAUCCACAAAUUACACACAUCACUCCUGUCCAUCAGUUAAUGUUUUUCUGAAGCAAGAAACAAAGAAACAAAUGCAUCUUUAAAGCGUUUAAACCAUCCCAUAAUCCAUAAUAACGUUUCCUUCAGUUAAAAAGUUCAUCCCCUGUUGUUCUCUCGCUUCAAAUUCCACUGAUAUAUUUGUCUAGAACUGUUCUGAACUUUCACUUGUAAAUGGUGCUUGAUCUGUGCAUAUUUCUCUCCUGAUUCAGAAAAGACUAUAUAUUUAUUUUUUAUUUUUACUGGAAAAGGGAAAUUACAGACUCGUACUUUAGCCAGAAGAAUGGAUUUGUUUCUUACAAACAUAGUUUUUCGCUUCACAAGAUACUAACUGAUGGAGUGGAUUACUUGUGGUGUUUUUAUCAGCUGUUUUGACUCUCAUUCUGACGGCACCCAUUCACUACAGAGGAUCCUUUGGUGAGCAAGUGAUGGAAUUUCUCCAAAAAUAUGUUUCCAUGUAGAAACAAAGUCCUGAACAAGGCCUGAAGAUGUGUACUUUUUCACAUUUUUCUUUUCUCAUUUAUGGGUGAACUAUUCCAUGAAGGCUUUUCUGUUGUUGUUUUGGUGUUGUUGUUGUUCUUCACAUUGCUGCCAAAUGAUGUAAAUAUUAAUAUUGAAGACAAACUUGAGAGUGCGGAUGCAGUCAGAGUUUCUGAAUAUAGUGGCCAUGAUCUGACUAGACUCCAAAGAGUUGCUUUGCUGUGAAAGUUGAUCUCACAAUUUAAAACAUAAGUGUCAUGGCAUCUCCACAUAUAUAAAGAUAGAAAUAUAGCAAACUACUCCUUCUAUUGCCAUUGUGUUUGUGUAAAUACCUACCAAAAUUGCAAUUUUCAAUGUUUUACCAACUGAAAAUCUAAUCCAGCUUCUCUGCUUCAUAUAUAUAUAUAUAUAUAUUUUUCUUUCUAUGAGCAGUUGUGUGGUUUUGCAUUAUAUGCUUUAUAUUAUAACGACAAGUCAUUUUAUUAUCAAUAUUUUUGUAUUUGGCAUUGUUCUUUAUUUUGGAUAUUGUGUUUGUUUAAAAAGGACCAAAAUUAGACAGAUGUUAGUGUAAAUGUGGCCCACGCUCUCAGAUUUGUCCUCAUUGACAGUUUAAUGAUAUUCUAAUAUAUUUAUACAUCUGAAAUAUAUAUAUAAUUUACCUUUAAUUUACAAAUACAAAAGGAUGCAUUUUGAGAUAAAUGUGUUGUGUAUAUAUUCUCAUGAAACCUUUUCUUGUGUGCUAUCUGUUUGGUCGUCUGUCGUAGAGGGAAAGUGGAGAGUCUCUGAAAUCACUGGCCAUCUCUGUGUCAUGUUCGUCCUCGGAUUUCUCUUGCACAAAAGGCAGCAUGAUAUUGUGUUUACAAACUUGAAACAUCCAUCUACAUUAUAUUUUGGCUCUUUUUCUUAAGUCCUGCUAGUCAGAUGUGUGUAAAGGAACAAAUCACAAGUAUUUACUCUCUGUAUUAUUGAUCAUUUUUCUUUCUUUCUCAUGGUAUACUCACAGAAUUGUUAUUUGAGUUUCCCUGAACAUCAUAGCUGUACUUAGUUAAAAAAAAAAAAAAAAAACUCUUCUGCAAAGGGUUGGUUUUGGGGAUGACUCUACAUGGGGUUGCAGGCUUUCUCAUCACAACCGAGUUACUGUACAGUUUUAUUAUUCAGACUCACAUGAAUAAUUGUCUAUCUGCUGCCACCCAACAGUUUAGAUAACAUGUUUAUAGACAUAACUGUGCAAUGGAAAAUAAAUGUAACGGAAAGAUUUC